GUGAGUUCCCCGAUAGUGGAACAGUCAACAGGGUAGGUGGCAGAAGCCUCCAGCCUCACAUGCAACUGACCUCAUCCAUCGCUUCAACCAUGCGUUGUUGGGCAAUAUUACUUUUGGCCUUGAUAGGCCUUGUAAACGCUCAAACUAGGACCAUAACAACAGAAGGAGCCACCGUUGUGGUCGAUGUCACGACUACUGUAAAUGGUAACGGGGAUGCAGUUACAACUACAUCGAUCAUACGCACGCUCGGAGGCGAUGACGGUCCUUUCGCAGGUCAACCACCAGACACAAACCAGCCGGCUCAACCAACCUAUUACUGGGUCACUUCAUACGAUGCCAACGGUAACUCUGUAGUCAACUCCUAUCUCUUUAGUCCCACUUUUGCCCCAUCAUCCGCAGCGGUACAAUACACUCAAGGCACCAUCUACGAUUACGAUUCCUGGACUGCCCAAUUUGCAACACAGACUGUUGUUCCAAGUUCCGCAUCACCGGGGACGUCGAAAGAAUCUGUACUGGCAUUGAGCAUGUCUCUGUGUGCAAUCGUCACCGGAAUGUUCUUUGUUCUCCUAUGA